CAUUUCCCGUUCACAUGAGCCGGAGGAAAACGGAGCUUUCUCUCUAACUGCGCUGGCUGCGGCCUUGCACUAAGUGAGAAAGAGACUUGGGGGAGGGGUGGCGUAGGCCCAAGCCCGGCUGAGGCCCGGAGCUGGCGGACGAACAGCAGCUACCGCAGACAGGAAUUGGCGGGGCUAUGGACCCCGCCGAGGCGGUUGUACAGGAGAAAGCCCUGAAAUUCAUGCCAAGAAUUCACAUGCCUAAAGAUGGAUUCCAACUUACAUCUUCUGGAUACCAAGCAUGGCUAAAGCAGUGUUCUAUGCCCCGGUCUCUGUGGCUGGGCUGCUCCAGCCUGGCGGACAGCAUGCCCUCACUGCGAUGCCUGUAUAACCCAGGGACUGGCGCACUCACAACUUUCCAGAAAAAUGUUUUUGACUGUCUCUUGGCAUUGCAUUAUGGAUUCUUAACCCCACUUUCUACUAUCCAAGAAGCUCCAGAAAAGCAACUUGUGAUGGUGAAAUUCAACUUGGAUCCCCUCCCCAAAACCCUCUUCUGUAUUGAAAGACCAAAUACUUCCUCUGAAAGAGAAGAUUGUAAUAAUGAUGAACCUCCCAGAAAGAUCAUUCCCGAGAAGAAUGCACUUAGGCAGGCCUAUAACAGCUGUACCAGACUUUGCUUAAACCAAGACACAGUCUGCUUAGGUACUACAAUGAAGACUGAAAACUGUGUGGCCAAAACAAAACUUGCCAAUGGUACUUCAAGCAUGAUUGUGCCAAAACAAAGGAAGUUGUCUGCAAGCUAUGAAAAAGAAAAGGAGCUCUGUAUCAAGUAUUUCGAGCAGUGGUCAGAGUCUGACCAGGUAGAGUUUGUGGAACAUCUCAUCUCCCAGAUGUGUCAUUACCAACAUGGGCACAUAAAUUCAUACCUGAAGCCUAUGUUGCAGAGGGAUUUCAUUACAGCAUUACCAGCUCGAGGCCUGGAUCACAUUGCUGAGAAUAUUCUGUCAUAUUUGGAUGCCAAAUCUUUGUGUUCCGUUGAGCUGGUGUGCAAGGAGUGGUACCGGGUGACAUCUGAUGGUAUGCUGUGGAAGAAACUGAUUGAGAGGAUGGUCCGUACUGACUCAUUGUGGAGGGGUUUGGCGGAGCGGAGAGGAUGGGGACAAUAUAUUUUUAAAAACAAACCACUUGAUGGGAUAAUACCACCCAACUCAUUCUACAGAGCACUUUAUCCCAAAAUUAUACAAGAUAUAGAGACGAUAGAAUCAAACUGGCGGUGUGGAAGGCACAGCUUACAAAGAAUCCACUGCAGGAGUGAAACUAGCAAAGGUGUUUAUUGUUUACAGUAUGAUGAUCAGAAGAUAGUGAGUGGUCUACGAGACAAUACUAUCAAGAUCUGGGACAAAAAUACCUUAGAAUGCAAGAGGAUUCUGACUGGACACACUGGGUCAGUCCUUUGUCUCCAGUAUGAUGAGCGAGUAAUCAUCACUGGAUCAUCAGAUUCCACUGUCAGAGUGUGGGAUGUAAAUACGGGUGAGAUGCUCAACACACUGAUCCAUCAUUGUGAAGCGGUACUGCACCUGCGCUUUAAUAAUGGCAUGAUGGUAACAUGUUCUAAAGAUCGUUCCAUUGCUGUUUGGGACAUGGCCUCCCCAACAGACAUUACUCUGCGAAGGGUUCUGGUUGGACACAGAGCAGCCGUCAACGUGGUAGACUUUGAUGACAAAUACAUUGUGUCAGCAUCAGGGGAUAGAACUAUAAAGGUAUGGAACACGAGUACCUGUGAGUUCGUGCGUACCUUAAAUGGCCACAAGCGAGGCAUUGCAUGCCUACAGUAUAGAGAUAGAUUAGUUGUCAGUGGUUCAUCUGAUAAUACAAUUAGAUUAUGGGACAUUGAGUGUGGGGCCUGUUUGCGGGUCUUGGAAGGCCAUGAAGAACUGGUGAGAUGCAUUCGUUUUGAUAGCAAGAGGAUAGUCAGUGGAGCCUAUGAUGGAAAAAUUAAAGUCUGGGAUCUGCUGGCUGCACUCGAUCCCCGUGCCCCUGCUGGAACCCUCUGCCUGCGCACUCUUGUGGAACAUUCUGGCAGAGUUUUUCGACUCCAGUUUGAUGAAUUUCAAAUUGUCAGCAGCUCACAUGAUGAUACUAUCCUUAUCUGGGACUUCCUGAAUGAUCCAGCUACACAAGCAGAAUCUAACCGCUCCCCAUCCAGAACAUAUACUUACAUAUCCAGAUAAAUGGCACUAUACUCUAGAUCACACUUGGACAGGAUGAAGCUGCGAUACUUAAAUGAUCUGCCAAUGCCAGGGCAAAAGAUUUACCCUCAAAACAGAUAUUACUGAAGAGACAGAGGCUCUCAGAUGCUUCUGGAACCAAGUUCUCAUGCAGUUGAUCUCAAACAAGUUCUUCUCAGCACAGCUGACUGCUUGAGUGCUGCUAUAUCAAAGAUUUCUUUUAUCUUUUCUGAAUGACUGAUGUGUACAUUUUCCCUCUUCACACUCUGUCCCCUCAACUCUUCUUGUCCUGCGUGCAGACUUCCUAUAAAUAUAUUUAACAUGUUGUCAGAAUUUCUUGCUUUGCUCUUAAGCAGAAAAAUCAUUACCAUAGUUCAUUCAAUUGGGAGAUCCCUUUUGAUGUGUAAGUAAGAGAGGAACAGCAGGCUGAUGCCUCUAACUUUUGAGACUUGUAUAAAUGGCCCCUGUCUUUCACUGUAAGAUGGCCUUGGACUUUAAAGAAUUGCCAGGUUAAUGCCAAAUGAAGGCCCAGGUGGCCAGAAACUAGCCAGGUGGUCAUAAUGGAAGUUUAAAACAAUUUCAGUUAAGACCUUUGCAUUUAUUUAUCUGUAUCAAAUGUUGGCCUGGGAGAUGCCAGUAAAUGAAAGUGUAAGUUUUAUUUUGUAAGUCUAAUAUUGCUUAAGUGGAGAGGUUUAUUGAUCAUCAAUUUCAUUGUUUUAGUGGACUCCAUAUUUAAAUAAGGAAGGUACAGUACAAAAAGUUACAGAAACUACAGGGUUCCCUAUAUACUUACAUCUUCCUACUUUUUUCCUGUAUCUACAUUAAAUGAAUGCUUGCAAAAAAAAAAAAAUCAUAUUCUUCCUACUAACGUGGUUGAAUUGUUUGUGAGUUGACCAACCUUUGUGUAUUCUUCCACCUAAUUGGAAAGAAACUAAUAAAAGAAUGGAUGUUAUGACUCCACAUCUGAA